AUGUCUAUCCGUCAGUGGAAAGCCGCCGUCUGCCAGUCCGAACCAUGCUGGUUUGACAAGGACGCCGCGAUCGAGAAAUCGAUCAGGCUCAUCACAGAAGCCAAAGCCAACGGCGCCGCCCUGAUCGCCUUCUCCGAGGUCUGGAUCCCGGGGUACCCCAACUUCCUCUGGUCCGGCAACUUCAAGGAGAACAUCCCGCUGGUGCACAAGUACAUGCAGAACAGCAUCACGGCGUACGGCGACGAGAUGCUGCAGAUCCGGAGGUGCGCGGCUCAGCAUGGCAUCUACGUCGCCUUUGGAUUUAGCGAGCGGGUGGGAUCGAGCCUGUAUCUAGCCCAGGUUCUUAUUGGGUCCGAUGGGAACAUCCUCCUCCACCGGCGCAAGACGAAGCCUACACACGUGGAGCGCACGCUGUUUGGUGAUUCGACUGGGGACUCGCUGACGACGGUCGUGGACACGCCGCUGGGCAAGAUCGGGAUGCUCAACUGCUGGGAACACUUGCAGCCUCUGCUCAAAUACCACACCUACGCACAGGGAGAGCAGGUCCACAUCGCAGCAUGGCCGUUCAACGGUGAAUACCAGGGCGGCAUCGAGCCCUGGUCCGUCUUCUCAGAGGCCAACGAGCUGACAGCCAGCCGCAUGUACGCCCUGGAGGGGUGCGCGUACGUGCUGUGCACCAACCAGCCGCUGUCUCCCGAGGGCAGUCGCCUCAACAGCGAGGGGCAAGGCAGCGCAGACAAGGGCAGCUUCAUGCUCAGCGGUGGAGGCGGUCGCGCUGCCGUCUUUGGCCCCGACGGGCGCCAGCUCACCGAGCCGACGGAUCCCACGUAUGACGGGCUCAUCUACUGCGACAUCGACCUCGACAAGAUCGACUACGCAAAGGUGAUGACGGACUGCGUCGGGCACUACUCGCGGCCGGACCUGCUGCGCCUCGUCGUCGAUGACCAGCCCAAGAACUACGUCGUGCGCGUGUCGCCGGAUGCGCCGACAAACUCACCUUACCACACACCGACGAGUAGCGGCACCUUACUGUCGACGCACAAGAGGCUCAGUGAAAUUCUUGCAGAGAAAGCAGAAAGUGAAAAGGAGGCAUAA